CAAAACAGAAGCGGCGCUCGCACACACGGCACGCACACACAGACGGCCCCAGAGCCCGUGCUCCUGUCGCUGCUCCCCGAAAGCCAGUCUUUCCAUCCCCGCCCGAGGGGAGAGGGAAGAGCCGGGAAAGGAGAAGGUGGAAAAGAGGAAAGCUCAACUAGAAAGACACACAGUCCUCUCUCUACCUCUCUCUCAGCUCCCUGGGAAGCCAAAGCUGCUACACACACACACACACACACACACACACACACACACACACACACACACACACACACACACACACACACACCACAGAGACACACAUACACACACCCCUCGAUCUUUCUACCCCUGGAUAUAUCUGAGGCUGAGCGAGGCGCCGGGAAGGGCCGGGACCGUGGCUGCUGGGCAGCAGAGCCUCCCCGGAGCGCCCCCAUUUGGAACGUACAUUUCAGCACUUUGGACAGCGCCCGAGGCUCCGGGGGCCUCCGGGCGGGACCAUGGCGAGCGUUCAGCAGGGCGAGAAGCAGCUCUUCGAGAAGUUCUGGCAAGGGACCUUCAAAGCCGUGGCCACCCCCCGGCCCGAGAGCAUCAUCGUCGCCAGUAUCACCGCCCGCAAACCUCUCCCAAGCACUGAAGCUCAGAGCUGUGUGGUCUAUCCAGCUGAGGAGAGAGCCCCCAAAAGACUGAGACAGCACACAGCUCAGGAGGCCUCCAUUGCCAACGGCUGGGAGCAGGGAAAGGCUAGCCAGGAGCUCACGCCCAUCAGGACACACAGUACUUUCCGAGACAAGGACUUUACACCACCGCCUUCCUCCAGGGGCAAGAAGAAAAAGAAGAAAUCAGCCCGGAAGAAGCGAAGGAGGUCUCCUUCCUAUAGUCCAUCUCCAGUGAAAAAGAAGAAGAAGAAAAGUUCUAAAAAGCAUAAGAGAAACAGGUCUUUCUCCAAGAAGAGAAGACACAGUUCCUCAAGCCCCAAAAGCAAAAGAAAGAAAGAAAGAAAACACCAGAAACAAUCCCGAAGCCGGCCUCGAAAAUCUCACCGCCAUCGUCACCGCCGCUGUCACUCUCGGUCACCCAGCUCUGAGUCGCGCUCCUCCAGCUGCGAGAGCAGGCACAGGGCCAAGUCCCCCGAAGAAGGGCACAAGUCCAGGCGGAGACGCCCAAGGCCCUGCUCUAAGGCUAUCCAAAAGGGAACUGUGAGCAGUGGUGAGACCCGGUCUGGCCACCCCGCCAGCCAGUCCCUCCAGGUCUACAGCUUCCUCUCAUCCAAUGAAGUCAUUUCUCAGUCGAGGUCUUCCGCUGACCUCUUUACCAAAACAGUCAGCCCGCUUGGCAAUCUCGCGGCUCCCCGAGGAGGGUCCCGGGAAUAUGACUCAGGAAACGACACUUCCUCCCCACCGUCCGCAAGGACCAGCUCCUCCACCCCCCAGGAUGACCAGGACAAAGGGAGCCCUGGCCGACCAGGCUGCGGGCGGGGCGGCUUGGCUGCGGGCAAACCGAGAUUACUCCUCACCAGUGAUAACAGCUCGGAUUCGGGGAAUUCCUUCACCACCUGUUCUUCCCAGACCAAGGGACCCAGUUUGGAGACUCUCCCUUCAGAGCCCCAGGCCACGAAUUCCAGAGGAUCCCGGUCACCAUGCUUUGGCUGCUCGGAGGUGAAGAAGCUGAGUCCUGCCCCCUCACCAGCUCGGACCUCCCCACUGAGAGCCUGCUCCCGGGGUAGCUCGUACAGCAGUCCUGCCAGAUCCUCCCCAGCGUCCAGCCACUCCUCCCCAUCACGGAAUCACAGGGGGGCCUCCCCCAGGUACGCCCGAAGCCGCUCCAGCUCCUCAGGGAAGAGGUCCUACACUCGGUCUCCCAGCUACUCAUCCACAUCCGCCAAGCUGAGUCCAGUAAGCAGAAGCCCCCGGCCCCGACGGAGUCCCAGUUACACCCGGUACAGCCCUACCAGAGACAGAGAACGAGACCACAAGUAUGGACCCAGUGAAAAGGAGACCCCUCGGGACCGAGAACGGAGACGGCGGCGUUCUUAUUCCCCCAUAAGGAAGCGCAGGAGGGAUUCCCCCAGCCACCUGGAGGCUCGUCGGAUCACAAGUGCCCGGAAACGCCCCAUCCCCUACUACCGGCCCAGCCCCUCCUCCUCCAGCAGCCUCAGCAGCUCCUCUUCCUGGGACAGCAGCAGCAGCCGCAGCCGCAGCCGCAGUUACUCACGCAGCAGCAGCAGCCGCAGCCGAAGCAGCAGCGAAAACAGCAGCAGCGACAGUGACAGUGCCAGUGAACCUGGGACCCACAGCCGCAGUUACGCCUCUGAGGGCAGCUACGAGAGCACAGGCCGCUAAGGG